AUGGGCGUGGCGUCCUUUGGCCCCGCCCACACACAUCAGCCAAUGGCGUGGCGCCGCGCCCCUCCCUGCGGGGCAGCGCCGAGCCGAGCCGGGCCGAGCGGAGCGGAGACGAGAGCGGGCGGAACCGAGCGGAACCGAGCGGAGCCGAACCGCGCCGAGCCGAGCAGAGCCGAGCCGGACCGAACCGAGCUGAGCAGCGCCCUGGGGCCCGGCCCCGCCAUGCGGUGGGGCUGCGCGGCGCUGCGCCUAUCGCGGGCGCUGUGCCUGCUGCUGUCCGCGCCGCUCUGCCCGCAGGUGUCGGCCCGCAGCCCGCCGUGCCCCAGCGGUGCCUGCACUCAGUCUGGCGAGUGCUGCUCCUCCUGCCCUCCAGGCUUCGGGGCGGCCGUGCCCUGCGGCCUCACCGACACCCAGUGUGAGCCCUGCGCCCAGAAGAAGGACCCGCAUAUCCCAAAACGGGCCGAAGGAAACCUCCCCAAGGAGAACAGCACAGGCCCCACCGCCUCAGCCACCUCCGCCUCCACCUUCGUCCCUCCCCUCCCUGAGGACGUGGGGCAGAACAUCAUCCCCGUGUACUGCUCCCUCCUGGCUGCUGUGGUGGUGGGUCUCCUCGCCUACGUGGCCUUCAAGUGCUGGCACACGUGCAGGCAGAAGCAGCAGCUGGCCAAGGCACGAGCAGCCGAGCUGGGGACGGCGGCCGAGGGCGAGAAGCUGCACAGUGACAGCGGGGUGUUCCUGGAUACACACAGCCUGCAGGAGCCACACCAGAUCGGCAAGGCGCCCCGUCUGGAAGCUCGAGCCUACAGCUCAAUCCCACAGCAGCGACGGGAGGAGGUGGAACGGCUGCUGGAGAGCGGUGGUCCCAGCGGGGACUGGCGUGGGCUGGCCGCCCGCCUGGGCUACGGGGAUGAGGCCAUCGGCACCUUCGCCCGCGGCCAGGCGCCCGCCCGCACCCUGCUCGCCACUUGGGCAGCCACAGAAGGGGCCACCGUGGAAGCCCUGUGCCUGGCUUUGGCUGCUAUGGGACGGCAGGACGUGGCCGAGUGCCUGGCGGGGCCGGGAGAUGCCAGCUCAAUGGUGUGAGCCCAGCCGGGGGGCUCCUGGUGCCUCCGCGGGGUGAGGAGGAGGAGGAGGAUGGGAGGCGGGGAUGCGCGGCCCCGUUGGGUGGGUGAGGCUUUGGCCACCAGCAGCUUUAUCCUGCCGUAUUACUCUCGGGUUGUUUUUUUUUUUAAGUCGUUUUUGUACUUCAGGGGGGUUGGGGGAAAUGUCCUUUUUUGUAUUUUUGGGGUCCCAGCG